AUGGCAUUUCGCCUGGGGAGCUAUCAGCCUUUCUAUCGGUCUCAAUACGGUAGUGAAGCAGAACCGGCUCAAGUCGUUCCUCCGGAGAUCCUGUCGCUCCUCUUGGGAAUCACUCUGAGACUCGUUCACCGAACACAUCGGAAGUUUUCUGUGUCAUCACAGGCCCUGUUCUCUCUCGCCGCCGUCAUCAGUCUGUUCGUGGGCUCCUUUGCCAGCGAAGCAAGGAAGGCUAUAUCUAUCCAGGCAUACGUCUUCACGUUCCUCACCGUCGCACUGUUCGCUUGCCAGAUCCCCGUUUCUGACGCAGUGCGCCGAAAGGGCGUAGGAGAUCUGGGGAUGGCAAGAUGGUGUCGAGGUCCCCACAGCAACACUCCUCGGAAGCUGCAGCAUCGCUCGGAGUCAACCCUCUUUACAAGGCACAUUCACUUCAUUCUCUGGUUCGGAAUUAUCCCCUGGUUCGCGUUCUUGUUCACGCUCAUUUCGGCGAUCGUGUCCUUCCUGACAUUGAGCAGACCAAGGGAGAAUAUCCAACCUCUUGCUAAGGCUAGGGAUGCGCCCAUGUCCCAAGUCGCUUGA